AUGGAGCCGGUCUUCAUAGUCUCACGCGAAGAGUUCCACGAUGUUCAGAUGGAGCUGAAGCUCAUGCUGGAAUCCUCCCUUUCCAAGCGUGCUUGGGGGAACGCCUCAGCAUGGUCAGUGUCUAUGAUUAAACAGUCGGGAAGACAUAAUGCUAAUCGUGAGAUAGGGCCCACCCAUAUGCCGUCGGCCGACUUCAGCGACAUUGACGACGAACAGAGUCAGACCCUGCUAGGCACUUUGCAGCUCGAUGCCGAGGACGAACCGAUACGCAGAGGGGCUGCUUCGCGGGCCAAUAGCGUGCGGUUCGACGAAAGUGCCCUGCACGGUGCCGGCUUUGGAGGCCAUGCCAUUCGCCACUCCAACGACUUUGGUCCCAUACGUCCGUCGAGCGGGAUGGGAGGACACCAGUUGGAACGGACAUAUUCUCACAAGUCGGAUGGCAGACAUAGUUCCGCUGGACAUUCGGUCCACUCUGGAAUUUCUGGGAGAGCCAGCAGUCUCGGACUGGAUACCAACUUUGUGAUUGGGGGCCGUGACGACGAUGAGUCGCCCUUAGAUAUCCCCGAGCCCCCACCCGUUUUUUAUGUCUUGGGCUCUGCCCCCUCCAUUAUCCGCUGCUGGAUCACGACCGACUUCACGUCCGAAGGGUUGUUGUAUGCCGUGGUGUGCACUGGGUCUCAAAAAUCGACGGUUGAGUACUCGCUGCUUCGAGAUCUGGACCUGGUCAACAACAUCCAUCGGGAUGUGGAUGGUGCUCACAGAAUCACACUGCCAGUUUUUCUGGCUGAGGCCCGGGUUACCCAGUCCAACUCCCGCGGCGGAAGUCCUGCAUCACAGCUGCCUAGUAUCACAGCCAACUUUGAAGUCACGGGCAUGGACCAACAAGACAGCCCCGAGACCAAAAGAGCGAUCCGUGUGUUCAUCGGCAGCCACACGCUGCGGCUUCUCAGUGCCGACCUGUUGCUGUCCCAAAACUGCAUGACUCUGUACGGCAAUGACCGGAACAAGCUUUCGAUUCCGUUUGUGCGGCCCGAGGACGAUGCCGUAUUCAAGCAUUUGACUACAGCCAACCUGCUUCCAGGCAAGCCGAAGCUCAACGCUGCCGCACCCGAGUUUGUUGCUGGUGACAAAACGGCAAGGCGCUCUCCCAAGGUGGCGGCGGAGCCGGAGCGUCCAGUAUCCAAGCCUAUGGGGGGUGGUUCUGAGGGUGUAGUGUCUCCCGCCGCGCAGCCGAGCCAACCUGUGUCCAAACCUGUGACGGCGACGAGUACCGCAUCGGAGAGUGGAGCGGAGAGUGAGAAGCAGCACCAGGAAUCGAAGAGCACGGAAACGUCUGGAAAGGAUUCACACGCAACAACCGAUGCCCCACGCCGCGAACCCAGCCUUGCUAUCAGAACACCCUGGCGGCAGACGGCGGUAGGACUUUCUGAGAACGGCACUCCCUUGAGUGGUUACCAGCCAGCACCCCGCACGCGCUCUAUGAAGGUGCUUCGACCACCCAAGGCUAGCAGCAGCACCUCAUCCUCGGCACGAACAGGAGCGGCAUAUGAGCCAGCGCCGACGGCACGUUCAGGAAAUGAGCAACGGCGCAAGGGCCAGAGUGACGCCCAACCCCCCAUUGGUAUGAAUAGCUGGGGUAUGUCGAAGCGCAGCAUGAGCGGCCCAGCUCUCAGCAGCCUCAAUUCGGAGACGAGGGUCUCCUCGGCUGCGUUCACGUCAACAAUCACCACACCUACCACCAGUAGCCACCAUGACGCGGGUAAAACGACGCCUUCACUUCCACGGACAGUCAACAACCCUCUUGGAAGCGCGUCGGCAUUUUCGUGGAUCGCAUCCAACAAGCCCAAGACCCCGGCCGCUGCUGACUAG